AUGGCAUCUUGGUUUACGCACAACUUGCAGAGACGAUUACUGCUGUACCUUCUCCAGAAGGUGUCCCUUUUUUCCCAAAUUGACAUAGCUGCCCUGGACGUUUCACUCGGUUCAAGCUCGCACUUCACAUUUCACGAUCUUGACCUAGACGUUGAUAGUAUCGAAAUCCCUGAUGUGACCAUUCGAAGCGGAUUUUUGAAGCAGCUGGAACUGCAACUCACUGUCAGCGGUGGUCUUAGUGUUGAGGGCUCUGGAGUUGCCUUCGUAGUGAAGCCAAAUCUAUCCAAAGCGCUCGACGCCCAGGCAUCAAGCUUUUCCCUUACAAAAACCGUUUAUGAUUUGACAAGCUCGGUAAUGCAGCUUUAUGAGGGCAAGGAUGGCUUGCUGGACGAAGAUUCCAUUACUGACGAUAACACUAGUGAGACUGAUAGCAGAGGCAACGAGUCUGACUCUCAAAGUGCCCCUACAAUGCUUCAAGCAAUGCGCAACAAAGCGCUAGACUUGAUUUUAUCAAAGCUCUCAAUGACACUGCGAGACAUCAGCGUGAAAUUUUUAUUCCCGGAGGACAAUAUCAUAGAGCUGACGAUAGGAGAGAUUAUUUGCAUAUCCGCUGAUGAAACACGACAAAUCAACAUUGGGCACUUAAGUGUACGGCAUUUCAAAAAACCUAGAAAGGGGGAAGAAAAUGGCUCUAUGUCCAAGGCAGAACCUUCAAUGUCAGAAUCUUUGGUGUACUCUAAACUAGAGGCUACUUCCAUUUACAUGAGUGCAAUUCAGAGCUUACAAGAGGUAGGGAAACCCGAUUUACCAGUUGCAGAUCAGAUACAAGGCUCUGAUCUCCUUACCAUCGACGAAGUUACAAUCUCAUUCAAAGGUUUUACAUCGGUUGAUGACAUUGCCAUGAGGGAAGCUGCGAUUGGCUUCGAAAACUGCUCGAUUUAUCUUCACCGUUUACUAGAACUGAAGGACAAGGUCAUUAUUCCCCUGAUAAAUCUACUGAUGAGUCAACCCAAGAAAUCGACAAGUAAAAGUGAUUCAAAAACUCCACAGCAUCUUUACGGAUAUAAGCGAUUCCGAGAGGAACAAAAUCUUCAUGACGAUCAGCAGUUCUCUACUCUCAGAGGCACGAUGCUUAUGAUACAUCUGUCAGAUGCGCUAAACCUAACUAUAAACGGUAUGUCAACGAGUCUGGAUGAGCGCCGGGUGAUACAAUUUUCUCUGGAAGGAAUUUAUCUCUCGUGCGAUGAAUCCGUACUUUUCGAGGUAGACCACAGCAUCGAUUUGCCAAUAAUACAGGCUUCCUAUGACACUACUGAAGAGUGUAUCGCUGUAAAAAUAAAUGGAGACAUAAUUUUGGACCUCGCAGCUGAGUCUGCGUGUGAAUUAUUCAGGACUUUUUUAUCUCUCAAGAGGUCAAUAGAUGUCUUGCGGCAGAACCUUCCAAAACCUGCAAAAAAGACAGGCGACGUCACAAGGCACCCUGCAUUUCAAGUAGACGGAGCGCUACUCAAAGCGAGUCUUCGCUUUGCUAGUUUUUCGCUUAUCCUAUCCGCGAGCAAGUACUCUGUUUCUCUUCCAUCAACUUUGUUUUCGUGCGAUACAGUCCUGCUGGUAAUGGAGCAAUCAAAUGAAAUGAUGGACUUGAUGAAACUAUCACGCAUUGGUGUCAAAUGCUUCCCAGGCCCAGCUCAACGUAGUGCUUAUAAUCAUAGCUUUGAGGAAGUGAUGAUCUCCUUCAAAUGCAAUGCUUCGGUGAGAGAAGUGAAAUUAUACGCAACAGCUGAAACCCUCAAAAUAAUCUCCAAAGAGGUAGAAGACUUUCGUGCCAAAGUCUCGUUGGUAUCUGCAGAUUAUGGCUUAGGGAAGACUAUCCGAGUAAAGUCUCAAAGACAUAUGAGGAGAAGUGUCAAAAUCAUGGGAUCUUCAUCGUUCAUCAAUAAGCCAAGUUCUGCGGUGAAGUUUUUGCUCGAGAUAGGCGCUAUUGAGGGGUGUUUGGACAGUAUUCUACAAGCAUCAUUUGGUAAAUUGGAAGCAUCUAUGAACGAUUGCUUGGUUUACUUUAACGACGACCAAACAUUUACUGGAUACGCCAAAAGAUUCAAUGUUAAAAGGGCGGCUGAGGGUAAAAGUGAGAUGAUCAUGAAUACUGAUGCCCAAGAAAAAUGCCCGAUUCCAGUGUUGACAUUUCACAGGAAGUUGACUGGUAAAAUGUGUUGUGCACUGAGGAAAAUUGGUUUCUAUUAUUUUGCCAGAUGGCUUGAUUUUGUGCAGCAGCCUCCAGAAUCAAACAGCAGGCCGCCGAAUUGCCCGGCAAAAAUUGCUGAUAAUUAUGCAUCUGUCUUGGAGAUCAAGCUGAUCGAAUGUGCAGUACACUUAAAUCCCUACAGGCUAAAAGCUCGAAUGCUUUUUAUUAUAGGGAAAUGUGCUAUGGAGCUGACCAUACCAAAUAUGAAUAUGAAAGGUGUUUUCAGAAAUACUUCAAUUCUUCUGAUUGAUGAUGUAGAUAAUUUCAAGCCAAGGCCUAGUCCUCAAGAGAGCAUACAUCUGACGUCUUAUUACACAGAUCGCGGAUUUGCGAACGUUGGGAAGCUUGAUAAAUGUCAGUUUAGCACUCGGAAACUUGACGAGAGCUUGAAAAUUACGGUAGAUAUGGGCACUGUGUCCCUUUCGUUGUGUGCCGACUCCAUGCAAACUCUCACCCAGGUUUCAGUUGAUUUGGGGAUACCUGUAAGUUUCCCGGACGCGGAGAAGUAUAGAACAAAACCCUCGCAUGUGGAAGUCUUUGACGGCGUAGAUGAGGACUAUUUUACGGAGAGAAAGCUCCAAUUAGAUCCUUCAGCAAGAAAUGUGGGUGUGGUACAAUCGAUGGAUGACUUCGUUGAUCCUUUCUUGAACGACAUAAGAGAUUCGGGAAAUUUCAUAGAUGUCAGCGCUGCCUCUUCAGCCGCUGACGAAAUGGUAUCGAUCACCGGGGCUCAAGACAACUACUUUUCGAGGAAAAGCCAGCCUACUAACUCUAAGAGCUCAAACGAUGUCUCCAAAAUAAGCGUAAUAUUGAGUCUUACUUUAGAGCGAGCUACCUUAAAGCUUUAUGACGGCUUCGACUGGACAUAUACUCGAAAGUCGAUUUCGGACUUGAUCAAUCAAGUUGAAACAGCGCUGCAACAUCAAAGUCCUUCACGUUCCGAAACUGUCAAGGCUUCUGUUUUUGACUCCAUAUAUUUGUUUGCGGGGGCCGACGUUGAACCUGGCAUGUUGAGACAGCAAAUCAACAAAGAUUUACAAACUGAGGCCAGCAUUUCGAUUAACUCGUCCAAAAAAUUGAGGCUUCGACCUUCGACAAGCUACAAAUUAAGAGUGGAUGCCUCUGGUAUUAAAACUAACGUUUUACGUUAUAACGUUGACAAUCCCACAGAGUCCACCUCAGAUGUGUCCGCUGAUAUUCUCAACGACAUAACAUUAUCCGUGGAAGACUUCGAAAUUAUCGAUAAUAUUCCGACCUCAACAUGGAACAAAGUGGCUACUUAUUGGAAGAGUGAGCCCCGCCCUAAAGGGUCGGAUAUGAUAUCAGUAUGGCUUAAAACCGUUAAGCCCAUUGAUUUCUUAGCCGCUACGGAGCUCAUUUUAAAGGUCAAAAUUUUACCCUUGCGCUUGCAUAUUGACCAGGACGCGUUGGACUUUCUCGUGCGAUUUUUCGAGUUCAAGGAUUCUCGCUUCGAUCUUAUUGACGAAUAUCCUGACUUCGUCUACAUUCAGAAACUAGAGGUAGAGUCAGUGAAGAUCAAGAUGGACUAUAAACCAAAAAGUGUUGAUUACUCGGUUUUGAAAUCAGGUCAUAAGAGCGAGUUCAUGAAUUUCUUUAUCUUAGAGGGAUCUGAAUUACAGUUGAGACAUUUGAUCGUUUAUGGGGUGAAUGGCUUUCCGGAGCUGAACAAGAUCUUGAAUGGAAUAUGGGUACCUGAUAUUACCAGUCGUCAAUUGAAAGGCAUUUUGGGUGGUGUUGCCCCCAUGAAAACUAUGGUCACUUUGGGGACAGGUAUAAAGGCAUUAGUGUCAACACCUAUCAAAGAGUACAAGAGGGACCAGAACUUGGGUAGGGGCCUGCAAAAGGGCACCCAGGUAUUUAUUAGAAUCACUGCAGGCGAGUUUGUACGUCUUGGUGUAAAACUUGCGUCUGGCACGCAAGCAAUGCUGGAGAACGUGGAGGAGGUCAUGGGUGGUGAGGGCGCUCAAGCUCGAAACUACAAACUCAAAGAUGUCGACUUUGAGGUCAUAUCUGAAAAAACUUUCAAAAAGUACGAAAAGCUAUUAGGAGGCCGUAAUCCUAAAGACUACAACCAAGAACCUGAGGCCCUCUUAGUUGAGCCAGGUGCCACAGAACGAGACGCUCCAAGAAUUUUUAGUCUUUAUGCUGAUCAACCGGCCUCGCUAAAACAGGGCCUGAAAGAAGCCCAAGGAUCUUUCGGCAAAAAUGUCACACUGGCUUACGAGGCAGUGCUUAAAGCACAGCACGACAUCAAAGAGAACAGUAAUGCUCAAGAAAGAGCCUCGACCGUAGCCCGUGUGAUUCCUGUCGCUCUUCUACGGCCGAUCAUAGGUGCCACAGAGGCGCUAUCAAAAGCCUUGCAAGGUGUAUCAAAUGAAAUCAAUGAAGAGCAGAUUUCUAUGCUCAAGGAUAAGUAUAAAUCUCGAAACUAG